UGUAAUAUUACACAUUUGUAGAUACUCACUCGUUGAUGAAACAUGUGCUCUUAAAAAUAAUUUAAGAUGAUAUAGUAGGAAAAAGUAAAUGUUACAUAAAGUUAAAUAAUUAUUAAUUAUGGAGCCUUCAGAAUCAAAUACAUCGCAUCAAGAACUUAUGAGUGAUAGUGACAGUGGUGUUGACAUUGCUACAAUGGGUUCAAAAACACAGAAAAGUUCAAAUAAAAUAACUUUAGGUGAUAUUCCAUUAAGAGAUUGGUUCACCAUUUGUAUAUUAUGUUACGUUAAUUUAAUUAAUUAUAUGGAUAGAUUUACUAUAGCAGGCAUUUUAACGGACAUUCAAUCAUAUUUCCACAUACAAAACGAUGAUGUGGGUCUUAUACAAACAGCAUUUGUAAUAAGUUAUAUGAUAUUCGCACCAAUAUUUGGAUAUCUUGGAGAUAGAUAUAGCAGAAGAUGGAUAAUGGCAAUCGGUGUGAUUUUGUGGAGUUUAACGACACUUGUGGGAUCAUUUAUGCAGGAUUUUCGCUUUUUCAUGCUAUUUCGAGCCAUGGUGGGUAUUGGAGAAGCUAGUUACUCAACAAUUGCACCCACAAUCAUAAGUGAUAUGUAUGUACAUAGUGUACGCUCAAAAAUGUUGGCACUCUUUUAUUUCGCAAUUCCAGUUGGAAGUGGCCUGGGAUAUAUUGUUGGCUCAGAAACUGCUCGUCUUGCAGGCCAAUGGCAAUAUGCACUUCGUGUGACUCCUGUCCUCGGCAUAACAGCUGCAGUUUUAAUAAUAUUUGUAUUAAAAGAACCUGAACGUGGAGAAUCUGAAGGUGCAAGUGAACUACGUGUAACUUCAUGGUUUACAGAUAUCAAAGCACUUUGUAAAAACCGAACUUUUGUUUUCUCAAGUGCCGGAUUUACAUGUGUUGCAUUUGUAGCAGGUGCAUUAUCUUGGUGGGGUCCACUAUAUAUUCACAUGGGUCUUACACUUCAACCUGGAAACGAAGAUUUGACGAUAAAUGAUGUAUCUUUCAAAUUUGGAAUAAUAUCAAUGCUUGCCGGUUUAUUAGGGGUACCAACUGGCGCUGCAAUAGCACAGCGUUUGCGAUUAACACGUCAAGGUUGCGAUCCAUUAGUAUGUGGAUGGUCAUUGAUAUUUUCUGCGCCAAUGGUUUUUCUGGCAUUAAUUACAAUAUCAGCAUCUUCAUUUUUUUCUUAUAUAUUCAUAUUUAUAGCGCAGUUUACAUUAAAUUUUACCUGGUCAAUUGUAGCAGACAUUUUAUUGUAUGUGGUAAUAUCAACACGACGAUCAACAGCAGAAGCUUUCCAAAUAUUAGUUUCUCAUGCCUUCGGGGAUGCUGGAAGUCCUUAUUUAAUUGGAGUUGUGUCUGAAGCUAUAAAACAUGUUGGCACAAGUUCAAAUUCAACAAUAAGCCGCGAGGAUAAGCUAGACGAAUUUCAUGCACUACAAUAUGCGUUAUUCAUUACGGCAUUCGUUGAAGUAUUAGGUGGUAUAUUUUUCUUAUUAUCAGCUAUAUAUAUUAUUCGUGAUAAGGAAGAAGUUGAAAGAGCAACAAACACAAAUCGAAUGUAUUUGUGUGUCAAUCAAAAUCAAGUAAACACAUCAAUUCAACAACCAACACAUUUGUAUGCAGAAGACGUCAGUGACACAGAACAAAGGCAUAAUUUAGUGUCUUGAUUUUUAAUCUUUUCAUAAUCAAUUUUUAUAUAAAUUAAUAUACUAAAAUAAACACUGUGCAAAAAACUAAACAUAAUAUCAAUGUGAAUGUGUGUGCUGAAAUGUUUUGCAGUGUGAUUUA